GACUUGAGCUCGGAGGCUCACGUCCUAUAUGCUUCCGGUUCCAUCGUUGACAUCCUCGGUCAUACGCCUGAUGAGAUUAUCCACCGGCCCAUGUGGGAAUUCUUCCACCCGGACGAGGUCCCUCUAGCCCGCCGCCUCCACUCGCGUGGAGUGACUUUAGACAAGGCCGCCGUAUUGGCAUACUGUCGCUUCAAAAACAAUGAGGACGCUUAUGUCAGCUGCGAGUGCUGCUUCACCAUUGUUUUUGAUGUCAUGGUUGUUUGUACGAGCAUCUACCGCCGUGGAUCAGGAAGCGAUGCGCGUGCAACCAGUGCCCCUGUUGUUCGCAAACUGUUUUCCAGCAAUCCCAAAGAUCCAAGAUACCACAUGCUUUCCCAUUUAAGCGCCAAAUUCAACCUGAGUCCAACCGAGCAGACUCAUGAGCCGCGAGCGGCGCUUUUCCUCAACAGAUUUACACGGACGUUGACCAUCAUGUACGCGACAUCCGCGCUCGAGCAGAUUGUUGGCAUAAAUAGCGAUGACAUGAAGGGUCGGAGCUUCUAUUACUGCAUCCAGGAACACUGCCUUGGAGACGCGGUUCGCUGCCUUGAAGGGGCCAAAGAGAAUGACUCGAUUGCAUAUUUGCGGUUCUGGUUUCGUGAUCCGAGACUUGAAGAUCAUCCU